AUGUACGCCGCUCAGAAUAUAACGCCAACAGUUUUGGAUGCCAUGAACGGAAAUGUUUCCGAAUGGUAUAACGAAUGCGACAAUGCCAUUAGAAGGUCAGAAAUAGUUCCUGGAACUUACGAAUAUACAACUGCUGUUUCUUAUGGAAACGUAGGUGAGUUUGGAGAAGGUUCUUCAACAACAGUAGAUAUUGCUUGCGACAGGUUUCAUAUUAUUUCUAUUGACAACUCAUUCUUAUACGUGGAACAAGACAUUGAAAUAAAACCUUCUGCCAAGUUGUCUGACAAGAAAGGUUGCAAUGGAAUUUUCUAUGUCGGAUACCAAUAUGCUCCAGAAGUUUUCAUGGGAUAUAAGAUAUAUUCUAACUCUGACUUAGUUCAAACAGUAACAUGGGCAAACUAUGAAUGGUUCGCUUUGAGAAACUCAGUACAACCACAAGCUAGAGAACAAACAGACCAGUAUGCAAAUAUUGAGAAAAUAAGAAGACUUGACCCUAACGUUCCAGGAGUUUAUGUUAACCUUUCUGGUUCAGAUGGAACUGCUGCCACUAAAGUAAAACUGAAACUUAGAGUUCCUUUGUCAUCUUUCCUCAUCUUCAGGUUUUUAAGAUACUUGCCAAACUGGGCAGGAAAAAUUUCUAUCGAACUUACUCCAAGCAAAAAUAACUUAGUCAUUGCACCAACACAAGACCCAUUCACUAUUACAGACGUAAAGGGAACAAAUCAAACGUCAUUCGCCGAAUUUUGCAAAGACAAAGUUGACUUAGACUUUGGUUUCUCAAACUUCAACAAUGAAGUAAACUAUUAUUUCAAUGCUGCUGGAACUGCUUGGGACCCAGUUAAGUUUACAUGCGAAAAAUUUGAAUGCAAGAGAAUAGAAAGCAGACUUGCAGUCUAUAUGUUGGACCCAGAUAUU